CAUGGGAAAGCGCCGGAACGCCUCCGAUUGGCUACUGGACUCAGUUUCCAGGACGACGCGAACUAAACGAAAAGCGUCGCCGACUGCGGAACUGCAGGAGCCUAUUAGUUUUAGGCAAAUGAAACAAUUCUUCGGCGAAUUUAAAAUGGAGAAAAAGAACGAGGAGAAGAAGGAGUUUGAUAAAAUAGUAUUCUCAGAUCACGACGAAGAACUUUCUAGCAGCAGGGACGUCAAAACAGAACCCUGUGUUGAAGAACCAGCCACCUGUGGGCCAGAACCCGCACGGGCUCUCAAAACCAACUCUGAGCGCGAGGUGUCACACAGUCAGAGUGUUAUUUUUGAGACUGACAGAGGCGACAGUGGCCGAUAUUCGGGGUUAAACCUCGACACCCCAAAGGCAGAGAGUCCUACUACUGCCGCUGAAGGCACAGACGACAAAACAGUCCAGCGCGUAGACUCCCUCCAAGACUUGGGCACACAGAGAGACGAGGCCCGCAAACUAAACAGGCAGCUGCAGACGAAACUGGCGCAAUGCUUCCACAACACAGCCAUUGAUGGGGGCCAGCUGGGGAGAGGCAGGCCGGAGGAGGAGCAGCGACGGGAGUACGAGCGGUCAGUCCGGGUCCUGUCUGAGCUGAAGCAGCAGCUCGGCGCUGCUGCACUGGCGGCCCGGCGGCAGGCAGAGGAGCUCAGGGCACAGGCCCGCGACAAGCUGGGCAAGGUGGAGGCCGAGUGGGAGGUGUUCCUGGCGCUGAAGCGGGAUGCUGCGCUGGAGGCGCUGAGCCCCCGCCUGGGGACGGACCUGGCCCGGUCCAAAGUGCAGGCGGUGCUGACGGCGGAGCAGCUCCGGCAGAACCAGCUGACCAGGCUGCGUCUGAAGCACUUCUCGCUGAGGUCCAGGGUCCAGAGGCUGGAGGCGGAGCUCCGUGGCCAGGACCCCCAGCGGGUCCAGUCGGAGCGGCUGCAGGCCAGCAUGCUGGAGAGGAAGGAGGAGGCGGGAAGGGAGAGAGAAGAAUCCCGAAAGCUGCAGAGGAGGAUCUGCAGCAGCCUGGAGGUCCUGUCAAACAUCAGGGAGAAGCUGCUCUGGAGCCAGGCGGAGGUCCGGGCCAAGCGGCAGCAGCUGGCCGAGGUGGAGGUCCUGGUGGCGGAGAAGAGGGACGUCCUGAUCCAAACCAGGCUGGAGCGGAACCGCCUGCAGCGAGCCAACGGCAGGCUGAACCUGCGCCGCGGGCUGCUGGGGGACAGAGACCUGCUGCUGGACCUGGAGCAGACGCUGGACGCCUCACAGCUUUUAGAGAAACAUCUGGAGGAGCUGAGGCUCAGGAAGGCUGAGGUCACCCCCAGGAGUGGGGAGGGAAGGGGCAAACCACAGUCAUUUCAGGGCUUAGACCCUUAGAGCCGUUCUUGUUUGUUAUUCCCUUUUUUUCUUCCUUCUUUCCUUUCUUUUAAUACCCAUCAACUUCUUUCCUUUUUUAUUUAUGUUUUUGUUUUGUUUUUUAGGUCUGGACAAUAUGGCUUACAUCACAAUGUAAGCGUUUCAUGUCAGUUGAUAUCAAUGAUUAUUGUUUUUUUGUUUAUUAUUUUAAAUAUCAUAAAAACUCUAAAACUUUCUGUUUCACCCACAGUUUUCACUCCGUUCAGUAGUUUAGUAUUUUUAAGCAGUAAGGAGUGACGGGGCCGAAACCCGAACCAGCUGCUCUCAAGUUACUCAGCAGGUUGUUGCUAGGUAACCAAAGAGCAAGCAAGUUACUUGAUGCCACCCACCUUUCUUAGCCAGCUGUGAGAGGUUGAGUGGCUAAAGCCUUUCCUCUGCCUACAUCCCCCAGAAUGCUCUGCGGUUUUGAUCACGUCAUUAAAUACCAAAAUUUCCACCUAACUUUAUAUUUAUACACACACACAUGCACAUAACAGGCUGUGUGAAAAACACACUGUAUGAUCUGUGAAACCAUAAUUCUAUUCAUGUGAGCAGAUUUCUAAUUUCCUCCAAAUGUAGCUAAUUUCCUGCCUUGUUCUUCCAAACCCACCAUCAUGUCUCAUCUCGCCUCAUGAGAGGAAUGUAUUUUCACAUCUUAGUUUGAAUGAAUCCACAAAAAAUAUGUAACGAUGCAAUGAUUUAAGGGUUUGUAGCUUCUGUCUUGGUUGUUUGUUGACCACUGUGUAGAUUUAUCAUUUUAUGAUUAAGUCUGGUUGUUAUUCUUUUUUUUAUUACAUAUUUCUCUAUUAUUUCAAAAAUAUUUCAGCCAGACUCUUAUUGCAAUCAAUUAUUUAGUCAGUAUCGUCCGUCUGUCUCGCGUCCCCCGGUUGUUUGUCCAUGUCUUCGUGCCGGGCAGCUGGACGGUGUUGCUGGUGAAAGCCGUCC